CGUUCGCGAGUGUCAGUGGCUACACGUGUUUCUGGAAUUCUAGCGUAUUUUUUUGUAAUUUCACUGUUCAUUUUUACAGAAAUCCAAUCCUAAGCUCAAUUAUCAAUAAAACAACGGUGGUGGUAAUUUAACUUGACCUUUCCUUGGUAUUUUGCUUAGUAUACCUUUGAAUUUAAAUUUAUACCUACAUUGUGUAAAAGCUGCGCACGUGAUAUUGGCGGAACAGUGUGCCUUGUGGCGAAAAUACACAAGUUCAUCGCCAUUAAUAAAAGAAGAAGAAGAAGACACAUUUUGACGACGUAAAAAAAAUAUUCGGAUAUGAAUUUUCUUCUAAUUAAUUCUACCAUUAUCUCUUAAUUAGUCACCAAAACCAAUACAAAUAAUGAUAGUACCAAAUAAUGUAAAUUAGGUUAAGUUUCACUCAAAAAAAUGUCGGUGUCAAUGAAAGAGUUUAGUAAGGCCUGGUGGUCGGAAGUAUACAACAGGAUUAUCGGUGCUGCAGUGUAUUUGGACGCUGCGAGUGCUGAGUGCCUGCACUGGGAUGGAGGGCUUUUCAACUUGCUUGACGGAGGCGCGGUUGCGGUUAAAAGCCUGUCCCCAUUUGAGUUUUCAACCAAAGAACACAAGAAGGCUGUAUUCAUAACACAAACUACGUCAAUGCAGCUACGUACAAUAUGUGAUAUAAUACGUAACAGCGACUUCAGUCACUGCAUAUUGAUAUCAUGUGUUAGCUUAGAGGUUGUGUAUUUGGAAUUAAACGAGGGGAAGGAUGUGAGCGAUGUGAUAGCUGCUGGGAAGGUUCAGGCAGAAUGUACGAAACAAUUGGAGAAGAUGUUACAGGAAUGGAUUGGAAAAGCUCAAUGUGCAGUAGAAGUUGUUCACAUACCAAUCAGCACAAUAUGCCCUACCAGCGUUGUGUUUCUCACACCGCCACAUCAUAAAGUGUACCCAACGUACAGCGGGAAACUCAUCCCGGACUCGGCCUCGAUAGACUUGUACGGCCUCACCAGCGAAGAGAGGUCCCAAGUGAGGAGGCUGGCUAGCUGCCUUAACAGUAUGAUGGAUUCCAUGAGCUUGAAAGAGGAUAUAUUUUAUAUGGGCACAUACAGUUCUUUGGUGGCUGGAGUCUUGGAGAACUCACCUGUUUGCAUAGCUAGACGAAAGUACUGUACCAACCCAACAUCUUUGGUCAUAGUAGACCGCACACUAGACCUGUGUGGGGUGACGAGCCACUCCAUGGAGUCAGUUCUGGAUAAGGUGAUGGCAGUACUGCCGAGGUUCCCUGGACAUUCCAAUGAGGUAGCCAUCGACAUGUCCCCUCUUUGCGAGGCUAAUGUCAUCAGCCACCCAGAUGACGUCCAGCUCAGCCCCGGUUGUUUGUACCACGCUAACGACGACUCCUGCAUGCAAACCUUCGACCACAUGAUCAACAAAUCCCAGAAGGAGGUCAUGUUCGACCUGUACAAUAAACUGUCCAAGAUUGACGUUCAGAAGUCGCCAAGUCCUAAGACUUUGCUGAAAGUCACGCCGCAAAGCAUGGAAAAAAUCGUCACUGCGUCAAAAGGUAACUAUGACAUCAUCAGCAAACACCUCGGCGUGCUACAGCAGGCACUAGCCGUGGUGCAAACUCUGAAGUCUCCAAAGCGCGCGCAAAUCGAACUGGUCAGCAGUCUGGAGCGUCAGGUCUCGCAGAACUUGGCCGCUAGCAGGGACUCUACCAGUGUUCUGCACCAGAUCACCCACUUAAUAAAGUCUCGAAAAGACCGCAACCUCUCCUUAGAAAGUCUACUAGCCCUGCUCGUCCAUAUCUACUCUCUCACCGGGACCGAAGUCUCAUUCUCCAAGCAACACGAAGACAGCCUCACCGAGACGUUGAGUGUUGCCAUAUUUGAGGACCACAAGGCACUGGCACUCAAUGACGACUCAGGGCACAUAGUCACUCCUGAGCAGUGCGAUGAGAUGAGCAAGUCUGUGAUGAUCAGGCUGAAGGAUAUAGCUCAGAUGAGGAAGAUUCUAAAUAAAUACCAAUCGGUGCUGAAACCUUGUGAAAAUGGAGUAGGUCACGAGUAUAAGGGUCUUCUGCAGCAGCUGGUGGACGACCUGGUGGAUACAGAGCGUCCCGAGACGCCAGACCUUCGCCACAGAAAUGAGGGCAUCAAGGACCUCUUGCGGAGUGGACUCAACAUCCUAACGAGUAAAAAAGCUCGGAGCACGAAACAUCCCUUCGACAAUCCGACCGUCAUCAUAUUCGUGAUCGGAGGCAUCACAGCUGAGGAAUGCAAGCGGUUACACCGCAGUGUGAUCACCAGUGGAGUGGACAAUACUGUCCUGAUCGGUUCCACUAAGCUGGUCACCCCAGUGGAAGCUAUGCGGGACGCUUUGGCGUUAUAGCGACUCAGGAAUGCAGCGUAAACUGCUGGUAUACUGCUGAUACUGAAGCGAGGCACAACUGAGAAAGAGCGGAGUGGACAAUACUGUCCAGUAGCUUUAUUCACGUAACAAAACUCCAACGACAACAAAUCGCUGAGUUGCGAUCAUAUCGAGUAAUCGUUCUAUCGAAAUGAGUUUGUGAAUACGGAUUUAGAACUGUUCUCUGUGUUUCAAUAGGACGACUUCUAAACGUCAACGACAUUUUGACUGUUUCAAAAUACGUGAAUUAGGCCACUGAUCUGUUCGACUAACUUGCUCACCCCUGUGGAAGCCAGGCUGGCCCAUGUGGGAUGCUUUGGCGUUAUAACGACUUAGGAGUGCAUAAAAACUACAGGUACUAUGAAAGUGUGAAUCGACAAAAUAAUUAACAAUUGUAGUGUCAAAGCUGUCACAGCUUAGCGUAAGUUUUCUACCGCAGCGUAGUUAUACUCGUAAUGUAGUGGAUAGUUGUCCUGAUCGGGUACCUAUGAUCAUGAUCACAUAAUACAGGGUGUUUCUUUGGUAAGUCCUAAAAAAGAGUCUAAACGACUACUUUUUUUACGAAACCAACAUUUUUUUUUUUCAAGAUAUUAUAUGGAGCAGCUGAGAAUUUUUAUUAAACGUUUUUUUCCUAUUAACGGAACCAAGUUCAGUCUCUUAGGGAAAUUAGUUGCAGUGUAGUAAAAGAAGUGCUUUUCGUUAGCCACCCGACAAAGAAACACCCUGUAUUGGUAUUUUAUUGUUUGGUGACUGUAAUGUCUCGGUCGUGUUUUACCGUAGUGUUGGUAACAGUACAGUCAUACCAAAUUGAUCAUAUUAGUAGAAAGUGGAAUGACACAAAAGACAAAAUUGUCUGUAUACUCGUAAUAAUAAUAACAGGGCCUCUAGUUAAUGUAUACAGUUCUUCGAACAUUUUCAAAGUGUUCAGUUUACACCUUAAAACCUAAUUUAGGGAGUUAGCAAAACAAUGAAGAAAUUAAUAUCAUGUCGGACAAUAUUGAUAGCUCGCUAGCCGAAUAAUAUAAGUGUAAUAAUUGUAACUUUAAACGUGAUAAAUACUUUAUAUCGUAUUUAAUUGCUUUUAUAUAAUAGUCUGACUUAAAUAUUAUGUAUUCAUAGUUACCGAAUUCUUGCAAAGUAUAUUGUUGCUUCUAAAAUGAAAUUGAUUAACAUUUUGUUAGAGCAGAGCUCAAUAUUAGCGCGUAGCGUUUUCCAUUCUAUUAUUAAGGUAUAUUAUUUUUGUUAUUAUUUAUUUAUACUUGAAGUGUAAAGUGAAUGGUUUGCAUUAUUUGUGUGGGUGUUUGUAAUUAAGUGCAAUGCAAUUACAAUGCAGAUUCUCAAUAAACUUUUUCAUCGUAGAAAAACUUGUUUUUUAGU